AUGGCAAACGCGCCGAGGAUCUUGGCGGUCCUGUCUCUCGGGCUAGCGCUCCUCUGCGCUGCCGGCCCGGCCGCCGCGCAGAACUGCGGCUGCCAGGCAGGUUACUGCUGCAGCAAGUUCGGCUACUGCGGCACGACCGACCCCUACUGUGGUGACGGGUGCCAGUCGGGCCCGUGCCGCUCGGGCGGCGGCAGCCCUGGCGGCAGCAGCAGUGGUGGUGGGAACGUGGCUAGCGUUGUCACAGACGCAUUCUUCAACGGCAUCAAGAACCAGGCCGGGAACGGGUGCGAGGGCAAGAACUUCUACACCCGGAGUGCGUUCCUGAGCGCCGCCGACUCGUACAAAGGCUUCGGUGGCGGGUCGGUGGAGGGCAAGCGCGAGAUCGCCGCCUUCUUCGCGCACGUCACGCACGAGACCGGACAUUUCUGCUACAUCAGCGAGAUCAACAAGAACAACGCCUACUGCGACUCGAGCAACAGGCAGUGGCCGUGCGCCGCGGGACAGAAGUACUACGGGCGCGGCCCGCUGCAGAUCUCGUGGAACUACAACUACGGGCCUGCCGGGAGGGACAUCGGCUUCAACGGGCUCGGGGACCCCAACAGGGUGGCGCAGGACGCCGUGAUCGCGUUCAAGACGGCGCUCUGGUUCUGGAUGAACAACGUACACCGGGUGAUGUCGCAGGGGUUCGGCGCCACCACCAGGGCCAUCAACGGCGCCCUUGAGUGCAACGGAAACAAUGCCGCCCAGAUGAACGCGCGGGUGGGCUACUACAAGCAGUACUGCCAGCAGCUCGGCGUCGACCCCGGGCCCAACCUCACUUGCUAG